UCUCUCCAAGCCUUUGUUGCAGAUCAUCAGUUCUCACCCACGUAACCCCUUCGUGGUUCCAUGAUUUACAUGAUUUUACUGCAGUAUUCUACUCUUCUACCAGAGGAAGCCAUUGAUUGCACAGGUGACUCCUGGCGACAUCAGGCGGCCGACGGGGAGUGGAAAACUGAGCUCAGUUUUCCCGCGACCUGGGAAAGCUCCGACGCAGCCCCGAUAGUGUCCUUCGAAGGAUUUUUCUACGCAAUCGGCGACGUGGAGGUCAUGAUAUCUGGAAUUCCGACCUCGAUUGCUCCGGCCGUGGCCGAUUCGCUGUACGGCCGGAAUAUUGAACUGCUCUGGCUUGCAACCAAGAGGAUCCCGUCGUCAUGGAGGAGUAUUCUUGCGUGCUAUUCCAAGUGGGCUUUACGAACUACAGCCCAACGUUCGAUGUUAACAUGGCGCUCUUCCGGUUCGAAGGCCGAGUACCUUAGAGAGGAUGGAGCGUGGUACUCCUGGUUUACUGGGAGCGACGGCCAGCGGUACAACCUCACACACGUUUUCUUCACCACCGACUUUGACCAGCUACAUAUCGCCACGAUCCAGUCGGCCCGGAGUCUAAAUCUCGAGGCCGCUUCGCACAACCGCUACGUCAGAUUGUUGAUUCUCUGCAGCAACCAAGUGAACCACGAAGACGGGUACUUGAUUUUUCAGGUCGGGGGUCAGGACUUCGACGAGUCUUGUGACGACCACUUGGGUCUUUGCGUAGAUGACGACCCUGAUGGCGACACCGACAGCGGGGUACGCUGCGAAACCGGCAUCGGCAUAGCCUACGUGCUGACAUUCGUGGUGGGGAUGUUAUCACUGCUUUUGGUGCUCGACUAG